AUGCUGGAUAUUAACCGGUUUAUUAGAAAUGUGACACUUAAGAAAUAUUUCUCCUCUAACAAUGGGCAGAUUAUGGAUAACCAGACACGCUCCACUACUCAUAUGCCUGAUUUCCAGACCUUUCAGGAAGAUUAUUUUCACAUCCAGCUUUCUGAUGAUAAUCAAGGCAGAAUGUUUCUGGAGCUCAUAUUUGCUGGUGGAGUACUGAGAGACGAAUGGGUUCUCACUGAUAUUGGAAUCACUGUGUGUUCAACAAUUAAAUGUGUUUUAAAGGAAGAAGAAAAACCAGUGCUCUAUGUAUUCAAUGCAGUAACCAAGGAAAAAAUACCCAUAAAACGGGAUAUUUCUCUUCUUACUACAACUGUGUCAAGACUAAAAACUUUAGUGUCCCUAAAAUGUGGGCUUCCAGUAAGUGUUUGUUGUCUGAGGACUCUGUGGGGAAAGGAAAUGUACAACUGCAACUCUUUGAGUGAUUACAACUUGGAUCAAGGUGGAAUUUUGAGGUUGGAUGUGUGGGAUGGAUGGAAGGAAUUCCUUAGUGCCUGUGUUACUGGGCAUAAACACAACAUACAACGUUACCUUUCAAAAGAGGAACCAGUACUCAGAUUCCAGCAAAGAGUAGCUCUCUAUAUGGCAGCAUAUUUUGGCCAUUUGGAUCUUGUUCAGUUGUUUCUUAAAAAAGGUAUCAGGGCUGAUGAACCCAUUGGCUUGCAUCCUUAUAGAGAAUGGUGCUCUGAGACUGACCAUCCUGAUGUAGCCAAAUGUGCCAUUCAUGUAGCUGCUGAAGCAGGCCAGCUUCUCAUACUGAAAGCCUUUGUGGCACAUAAUGUUUUGUGUAUACAAUGCCAGAAUCACCUGGGCCACACACCCCUGAAAAUAUGUAUUCAAAACCGCCAUAAAGACUGUGUUUUAUAUCUAAUUAUGAAAAUGUGGUCAAUAGUUUCAUUUCCAAAAAUUUCUCUUCCUAUGAAAAUAUAUAUCAAAGUAAAAAAAUGGCUUUUUGCCAUUCAGAAAAAAAAUUCUGCAACAAAAAGGCUGAAGUUGGCUUCAGAAUUUAGGACACGUAUAGGAGACAAAGUUGUUGUGGAUGGAUUUUCAGAGCCACAGAUGACAAGCAAAAGUCUAUACGGACUUCAUAAAGAGCAAUGGCAGAAAGUGAUGGAAAAUUCCAAAAAAAACAAGCUUCUCAAUAAACAAAUGUCUCACAGCAAAGUAUUUGAUCUACACACUAUUGCCAAGGGAGCUAGAGAACAUGAGAGACACAAGUUGCCACCAGUUAAACAAGCAUCAGAAAAUCCUGACUUAAAGAGAAAAAAAGUUGCAGAGAAAUCCGUAGAUGAUGAUAUAUUCCAAAACACACACAACACAUGGACCUCUCAAGGGACACUUCCUCCCAUUCCCAUCAACUCUACCCAUCCCCGCUAUCUAAAGGUUCCUCAAGCUGCUUCUGUUCUGAACACUUCUUUGGAAUUAUAUUCAAAACACAGUGGAAGAUCACCAAGAGAGAAUGCUAUAUACUGUCUAUUUCUAGUCAGUGGAUUUAAGGAAAAGCCAUGGCUCCAGCAACUUGAUAUGGCCAGAAUGCUCGCUAAGAAAAGCAUCUACAAUUGACAUCUAUAAAUAUAUGCACAGCUAGAGGAGGGUGACUAAAUUGUUACAGUGAGGAGAGAAGCAAUAGGAGUCUGGACCAGCAAAUAGACCAG